ACUACAAUUGUGUCGCCUUCCUUUGUCUCGUUAGCCUCCCUUCCAAACACUUCUCCCCUUCUCUCUGUCCAAAGAACAAAUAGACAAGAGGAGGAGAAGAAAAAGAAAAAUCAUCUGACAUUCGUAUUUUAUUUGCCUCUCUCUUCUCUUUUACUUUUCUUUCUUGUAUGUCCACCUCAUGAAGGAAACCUUCCGAGUUUUCUCAUAAACCCUAGAUUACGAUUCGAAUUUCCCUAUGGACCUACCUCUCUUCAUUUCCCCAAUCUCUCCGAUGAACCGCUCUCUCUCUUCUCCUCCUUCUUCCUCCCCCUCCGGCGACUCUGAUACUGAUUUCCCUGGCGCUUGGUACGGCAACAUCCAGUACCUUCUCAAUAUUUCUGCCAUCGGUUUGUUCUUCUGUGUCUUCAUUUUUAUUUUCGUCAAGCUUCGCAGCGACCACCGUCGAAUUCCUGGUCCCUCUGCACUCGCUGCUAAGCUUCUCGCCGUCUGGCAUGCAACUGGGAGAGAGAUCGCCCGUCACUGUGGAGCCGACGCUGCCCAGUUCCUCAUAAUUGAAGGCGGAAGUUUUGUUGCGCUCUUUGCCAUUGCGGUUUUAUCAAUUUGUAUUCUUCUUCCAUUGAAUCUCUACGCUGGAACUGCCGUACUUGAUGACCAAUUCUCCAAGACGACGAUAAAUCAUAUCGAAAAAGGUUCGGGUUAUCUGUGGAUUCAUUUUCUGUUUGUUGUUAUUGUCGUUGUAUUAGUGCAUUUCGGUAUGUCUGUCAUUGAAGAGAGGCUGAAAAUAACUAGAUUUAGGGAUGGAAAUGGGAAUUUGAGUGACCCAAAUGCGAAUUCUACUGCUAUUUUUACUAUCAUGGUACAGGGAUUGCCUAAGAGUUUGGGGGAUGAUAGGGUUGUACUGCUCGAGUAUUUUCAACAUAGGUAUCCUGGUAAGGUUUAUAAGGUUAUUGUUCCUAUGGAUUUGUGUACAUUGGAUGAUUUAGCCUCUGAGUUGAUUAGGGUGAGGGAUGAAAUUACUUGGUUAGUUGCUAGAAUUGACUCUAGACUUUUGCCUGAAGAGAGUGAUAAUGACAUUAUGGGAGAGGGUUUUGUGGAGAGAUUAAGGGGCUGGGUGAUUUAUUUGUGUGGAAGAGUGAAAAUUAUGUGGGAUCAGAUGAUGGAUGGAUUGGGUUACACAGAUGAAGAGAAGUUGAGGAAAUUACAAGAAAUGAGAGCAGAAUUAGAGUCCGAUUUGGCAGCAUACAAAGAAGGCCGUGCACCAAGUGCAGGAGUUGCAUUUGUGAUUUUUAAAGAUGUUUAUACAGCUAAUAAAGCUGUUCAGGACUUCCGCAAUGAGAAGAUGAGGCGUUUUGGUAAGUUCUUCUCUAUUAUGGAGUUGCGGCUGCAAAGGAACCAAUGGAAAGUCGAACGAGCCCCACUGGCAACAGAUAUUUACUGGAACCAUUUGGGUUCGACAAAGCUGUCACUGAAGCUUCGGAGAUCAUUUGUAAACACAUGCUUACUGUUGAUGCUUUUGUUCUUUAGCUCUCCCCUUGCGGUUAUAACUGCCCUGACGAGUGCUGGCCGGAUCAUUAAUGCAGAAGCAAUGGAUAAUGCUCAAUCAUGGUUGGCCUGGGUGCAAAGUUCCAGCUGGUUUGCAUCUCUGAUUUUCCAGUUCUUGCCUAAUGUCAUGGUAUUUGUGAGCAUGUAUAUAGUAGUUCCUUCAGCUCUUUCUUAUCUUUCCAAGUUUGAACGUCAUCUGACUGUGUCUGGGGAGCAAAGAGCUGCACUUCUAAAGAUGGUUUGCUUCUUCCUUGUAAAUCUUAUUCUAUUGAGAGCUCUGGUUGAGUCUUCUUUGGAAAGUGCAAUCUUGAAGAUGGGUAGGUGUUAUUUGGAUGGAGAAGAUUGCAAGAGGAUUGAGCAAUAUAUGAGUGCAUCAUUCUUGUCAAGAUCAUGCCUUUCUUCUCUUGCAUUUUUAAUCACAAGCACCUUCUUAGGAAUAUCUUUUGAUCUAUUGGCUCCAAUCCCUUGGAUAAAGAAAAAGAUCAAGAAAUUUCGGAAGAAUGACAUGCUCCAGUUAGUGCCAGAGCAAAGCGAAGAGUACCCCCUGGAAAAUCAGAUGAUAAACAGUCUUCAGAGACCACUGAUGCAUGAGAAUGUGUUUGACUCCCCCAGAUUUAAUGGAAUUGAUCCAGAGGGACAAAAUCUUUCUGAAUAUCCAAUCAGCAGAACCUCUCCCAUUCCCAAGCAGAAAUUUGAUUUUGCACAAUAUUAUGCAUUUAAUUUGACAAUAUUUGCCCUGACCAUGAUAUAUUCGUCAUUUGCUCCACUUGUGGUCCCUGUUGGUGCAGUUUAUUUUGGGUAUAGAUAUGUGGUUGACAAGUACAACUUUCUUUUUAUAUAUAGAGUCCGGGGAUUUCCUGCAGGCAACGAUGGGAGGUUGAUGGACACAGUACUGUGUAUCAUGCGGUUCUGUGUUGAUUUAUUCCUUCUUUCAAUGCUUUUAUUCUUUUCAGUCCAUGGAGACUCCACGAAGUUGCAGGCCAUUUUCACUCUUGGAUUGUUAGUAAUGUACAAAUUAUUGCCUUCUGAUAAUGAUGGUUUUCAAUCAGCUCUUUUAGAAGGCAUCCAGACCGUUGAUAGUAUUGUAGAUGGACCCAUUGACUAUGAGCUUUUCUCACAACCCAGGUUUGACUGGGAUACAUAUAAUUCAUGAUAUGAAUCUUACCCCUGUUCAGUAUUAGUUGAAUAUCCAUUACUCUUAGAGGCAAAAA